CAAAGCUUUUUACUGUACCAAUUUAGAAUUCAAUGGCCGGAAAAAGUAAGAUUCUGUUCAUCGGCGGUACUGGUUACAUCGGAAAGUUCAUCGUCGAAGCUAGUGCUAAAGCUGGUCACCAUACAUUUGUCUUCGUCAGAGGAUCCACUCUUUCCGAUCCUUCCAAAACCAAACUCAUCGAUACUUUCAAGAGUUUUGGCGUCACCUUCCUCCAUGGAGAUUUAUAUGAUCAUGAUAGUUUGGUGAAGGCGAUAAAGCAAGUGGAUGUUGUGAUUUCUACGGUAGGUCAUGCCCUUUUAGCUGAUCAGGUCAAGAUAAUUGCUGCUAUCAAAGAAGCUGGCAAUGUCAAGAGAUUCUUUCCCUCUGAAUUUGGAAAUGAUGUAGAUCGUGUCCAUGCUGUCGAGCCUGCUAAAACAACAUAUAAUACUAAAGCUCAAUUUCGCCGCAUUGUUGAGGCUGAAGGAAUACCAUUCACUUAUGUGGUCAACUUCUUUUUUGCUGGUUAUUUUCUUCCAAAUUUGGCACAGUCUGGACCUGCAGGUCCUCCUAAAGAUAAAGUUGUCAUCUUAGGAGAUGGCAAUACUAAAGCUGUUUUUAACAAGGAAGAAGACAUUGGUACCUAUACCAUAAAGGCUGUCGAUGAUCCAAAAACACUUAACAAAUUCCUUUACAUCAAGCCUCCACACAAUAUGAUUACAUUAAAUGAGUUGGUAUCCUUGUGGGAGAAGAAAACUGGAAAGAAUCUUGAAAGAAUAUAUGUACCAGAGGAACAAGUUCUCAAGAACAUACAAGAAGCCUCGGUUCCAUUGAAUGUGCUAUUAUCGAUUUGUCACACUGCUUUUGUGAAGGGUGACCACACGAAUUUUGAAAUUGACUCAUCAUUUGGAGUAGAGGCAUCAGAGGUUUAUCCUGAUGUUAAAUAUACACCGGUAGAUGAGAUUCUCAACCAGUAUGUCUGAAAAUUUAGAAUUCCUUCCUAUUAAGCAUAAGGUAAAGGGCUUCCUUCCCUUUCUAUGAUGUUACAUUAGUUGUUUUCAGAUGUAAACCAUUUGAGAUAUUUCUACACUUUAAAUUCUCAGUUUA